AUGAGCCAGAACCGGCCAUCGGCCUUCUCAUCGCUAAGAAUGGGUGAAGUUAUCCGCGAAAAGGUCCAGGACGGCCUGACCGGCGACUACAAAGACCUCGCAUACACGCAGUGCAAGAUUGUCGGCAACGGCUCUUUCGGUGUCGUCUUCCAGACGAAGCUGUCGCCUAGUGGUGAAGAUGCGGCCAUCAAGCGUGUCCUGCAAGACAAGCGCUUCAAGAACCGCGAACUCCAGAUUAUGCGCAUUGUCCGACAUCCCAACAUUGUUGAGCUCAAGGCCUUCUUCUACAACAACGGCGAGCGGCCACAGAAAGACGAAGUGUACCUGAACCUCGUGCUAGAGUUCGUUCCUGAGACUGUUUACCGUGCUUCGCGCUACUUCAACAAGAUGAAGUCGGUUAUGCCCAUCCUCGAAGUCAAGCUGUACAUCUACCAGCUCUUCCGCUCGCUCGCCUACAUCCACUCGCAGGGUAUCUGCCACAGGGACAUCAAGCCCCAAAACCUGCUGCUAGACCCUUCAACCGGUGUUCUGAAGCUCUGCGAUUUUGGAAGCGCAAAGAUCCUGGUUGAGAACGAGCCAAACGUGUCCUACAUCUGCUCCAGGUACUACCGUGCGCCUGAGCUGAUUUUUGGAGCGACAAACUACACCACCAAGAUCGAUGUGUGGUCUACAGGUUGCGUCAUGGCGGAGCUGAUGCUCGGACAGCCACUGUUCCCAGGCGAGUCGGGUAUUGACCAGCUGGUAGAGAUUAUCAAGGUUUUGGGAACGCCCACCCGGGACCAGAUCCGCACCAUGAACCCCAACUACAUGGAGCACAAGUUCCCUCAGAUCAAGCCUCAUCCGUUCAGUAAGGUGUUCCGAAAGGCCGAUCCAAAUGCGAUCGAUUUGAUCUCCAAGCUGCUCGAGUACACGCCUACCCAGCGUCUUUCGGCUAUCGAUGCUAUGGUACACCCCUUCUUCGAUGAAUUGAGGGAUCCAAGCACACGCCUACCAGACUCGCGUCAUCCCAAUGGAGCAACUCGUGAUCUGCCUGAGCUGUACAACUUUACUCAUCACGAACUCUCCAUUGCUCCUCAUCUCAACAACCAGCUGGUACCGCAGCACAUCCGCGCGACAUUGGCCGCACGUGGCCUCGACUUCGAAUCGCCGAACUUCAAGCCAUUAACGCGGGAUCAGAUGAUAGCAAGGCUAGAUUAA